UUUUUCCUGGAUGCUACUAACAAGUCGAAACUGGCCUCUGGUACUAAAAUUCUUGGAUUUUCUUUAUACUUAUAUAGGUAUCCUACGACCACUGUCUACAGUGCGGCUGUUGCAAUAAAAUUAAUUGUCUUAAAAGGCAGUCACUGAUUUGUAUCCUGCUAACACAAGCAAAUACGAAACGUAUUUACCAAAGUCAAUAAAUGCAAUAACUAAGUCGACAUUCUAAAACAAUUGCAGCAAGUUACGUUUCUGUUUUCUUUGUUCUUAGAAAUAUGGUUCCGGAACUGACCAGGGCGAUGUUCUUGACGUAUCAAACAUUUUUACGCAAACAAAGAUUUGGCUGACUUAACUGAUAUCAUUUUUUCGUCGACAUAUAUCUAAGUCAUCUACGAGCAUUGUAUAGUAUCUUACACUUCAUACUUUUUAUCUGGAAAGGGGUUUACUUAGAACUCAGAAUAUUAUAUGAGGAUUUCCUUUGGAACUUUUUAUUAUAUCCCGAUUAGAAGAGCGACUUUACACCAUGGCGUACCUUGCUGAUACCGUAUUUGCUGACUGGCCAACAGCUCGAUAUGCCGGAUUGAAUGUAUUACACCAGUUCACACCUAGAGUUCACCUUGUACAGCUGGCUGACAACCCUGAAACUCGACUGGUUGUUAAAUACAUUACUAAUAAUAUGAUGAAGGGAAACAUAUGGAAAGAGAUGAAUAUUUUGAAGAGGCAGCAGCUUCAUCCUUCUAUACUUCCUAUCGAUCGUUUUAUACUACACAAUAACAAUUACAUCGUUGGGAUGGCAACUAAGUUCGUCCCCGGUGGCAAUCUUAAUCACAAUAAAAACCGAACUUUCAAGUUGAAGUGGCUCAAGCAGCUUACGGAAGCUCUGGAUUUUCUUCACUUCGAUCAAGGCAUUGUCCACGGCGACCUCCACAUGGAUAAUAUACUGAUCGACGAAGCCGCUGACAGACUUGUGCUGUGCGACUUCAGCAUGGCCAAAGAGGCUACGGAGCAAAACCUGAUGGAUGAAUUUUGGAGUGUUACGUGGACUAUCUACGAGCUGAUCACACUUGAUUUUAAAGCUGAGGAGGAGCAAGUCCAGAAUUCACAACACCAGUACGGCGUGUAUAGUUUGAAUACCGAAUCUAUAGAGAAGUUGCCUAGCUGGCCUGUAAGAGCAAAGCUAGAUUGUGAUGCAGAAGCAUUCCGAAAGUAUCUCAGGGAGUGGAUUAAGAUGCGUAAGGAAACUCUGCAAUCUGUUAAGGCAAGAAAACCAGAAACCAUGGCCAACUCUUCAGAGCAGGGGAGGUCUCAGUGGGAAGAGCCAACACAUGGAUGCCACGGGGUUCAGAGCAGGACGAUACGAAUAAAUUACCAGCAUUAGUGAUUACAUGUAGGCUUCAUAGCUUAUACGGUCGAUGAGAUAGAUUAUACCAACGAAAGGAUAUUAUAGUAAUUAAGGCCGUAUAGGAAGAAGAAAAAAAGCUGCUCCUUUUAAGUGGUAGGGAUAAAAGUAAUAAAGGGUGAGGAACAAUUACCAUGUGAUAUAUGUAGGUAUCCAUACCUACCUAGGUACGAAUCUCUUACCUAAUACAUAUAUGUGUUAUUUG